GUUAGCCUCCAACCUCUCUUUCAGCUCCUAUGCAUCUUGAUAAAAGAGAUCAUGACAGACGGCCUCAGUUUAAACAAUCUUUGAGGGCUCUUAUGAAUCCUCUGGCUCCUUCUGAGCUGCUGCUGCUCUUCUCAUUUUCCCUCGAUUCCUACAAAAUGCAAAUGCAGUCGCUGCUGCUGCUUGCUCUACUAUAGGGCCGUGGUGCAUUUUGACUGUUCAUUUUUCCAUUCCAAGGGGUGUUCAUGAUAGAAAACACACAAUUUAGUCAACACUAUCCAGUAGCUAGGUAUUAGCCAUGGCGAAACAAAGAGAAGAUAAUUGGAUCGUCAAAAGAAAACAAAGAGAAGAAGCCUUUAAGGAAAUUUAUGCCCAAAAUCGAUCAAAAUUAAUUGGAUGUCUUCACCAACACUUGAUUUCCACUAAUCGACCCCUCGAAGGAUUUGUCUUGUUACAGGGAAGUCAAGAACCAAAUCCUUGGCAGAACAACGACUUUAGACAAGAGAGUUAUUUCGCCUACUUGUUUGGAGUGAAGGAGACUGGUUUAUAUGGAGCCAUUGAUAUCGCCACCGGAAAGUCGAUUCUGUUUGUUACCAGAUCACUUGCCGGAUAUAUACUUGUUUUGGGGGAAGCAAAAUUACUAGAAUACUUGAACUAUCUCAAGGAAGCGUUUAUGGUUAACAUGGUAUGCUACACCGAUGAGAUUGCAGAAGUUUUGCACGAUCAUCAUGGAGGAUCUGAAAAGCCUGUGUUAUUUCUCUUGCAUGAGCAGAACACUGAUAGUAAUAACUUCUCUAAGCCUGCGGAGUUUAAGGGAAUGGAAGACUUUGAGACUGAUUUAAGUGUGCUACAUCCAAUUUUAACUGAAUCCCGUGCAAUUAAAUCAGACGCGGAGCUUUUUCUUAUUCGGUAUGCUAACGAUGUAAGCUCAGAAGCUCAUGUAGAGGCAAUGAGAAGUAUGAGAGCCGACAUGUUCGACAUUGACCUAAGAAACAUAUUUCUUCAUCACGCCAACACAAAUGCGGAUGGUUGCUCGAUCACAUGCAUAUGUGCUACUGGUAGUAAUAGACCUUUGAAGAUGGAGAUAUGGUUUGAAGAUGGAGAUAUGGCAUUGUUAGAUACGGGAGCUGAAUACAAUUUUUAUGUUUCUGACAUUACAAGUUCUUUCCCUGUCAAUGGAAAAUUUACCAGUGAUCAAAAGCUGAUAUGCAAUGCUAUUCUUAAGGCUCAUAAUGAUGUCAUAUCCACAAUGAAACCUGGAGUGAACUUGGCAGAUAUGCAAAAAUCAGCAGAGAAGUCUAUUCUCGAGUCACUAAAGGAUGGUGGCAUCCUUGUCGGUGAUGUCGGUGAAAUGAUGAUUGAAAGACUAGGUGCUGUUUUUAUGACGCAUGGUCUUGGGCAUUUAUUAGGCAUCAAUAGCACACAUGAUCGUGGUGGCUACCCUAAGGUAACACUAAGGCCAAAGGGACCCGCAUUGAAGUCUUUGCAUUCAACUAGUGAACUCAAAGAGGGAAUGGUGAUAACAGUAGAACCAGGAUGCUAUUUCAGUGAUGCGCUACUGGCUCCAUUGUUGGAGAGUUCAAGCACAUCGAAGUUCUUUAACCACAAAGAGAUUGAAAGAUUUAAAACCUUUGGUGGAGUCCGAAUCAAAAGUGAUGUGUAUGUUACAUCCAAUGGAGCGGAUAUUCUCACUAAAUGCCCACGAGAAACAUGGGAGAUUGAAGCUGUGAUGGCAGGUGCGCCUUGGCCUCUGGAAAAGAAUGAUGGAUAUUGGCGCGACUUUAGAAAACAACAAAAUGAUUUCCUAAAUCAGUUUUUGCGGCCAACUCAAAUUUGUUUAGUGAUCUUAUUUCUAGCUAUAAUACUGGGAAUUUGUUCUCUAGCGAGAGUUUAAGACUUCUUUUUUUAGGCAAAUUCUAGUAAAUAUCUAAACCUGUAAAUAGGAGUCUUCUGUAAAGAAUCCUCACUCCACCUCCUGCACUGCUGCUCUUCUAAUUGCGUAUGUCAUACAUUUUUCUUUGAUUUGAUCGCGCAGCAGUGAAUAGUAGGGUACGUAUUUAUAGGCUUACAAUGUAAGUAUGAUUAGAAUAGGAGUAACAAUUAAAGUCGAAACAAUUUAUUGAAUUUUAAUUAAACAUUACAAAUUCUAAUCCAGUUUAUGCAA